GAGACAUUAGUUUAUGUUGCGGGCACCAUGAGCUGUGUGGAUAUAAUGUAUCAACCGUACGCAUCGUAUUUUAGCCCCUACCACAGAUUCCAUGACCCCACUAAGAGACUUGACGUUCCGAAGAUGCACGAACCUUCUACAGCACAACAGCCAUUGGACUCAACGGAUUACUCAAGUGCCGCGACUUCUUCUGGAGGGACGCUGGUCCCCAAACGCGAGGACCCGGAGGAAGAAAAGGAGACGCAGCCAAAAGACACUCAAUACUUGACCGCAAGCUGUGUUCUCCACACGUACUUCUCAGGGGAUAUAUCGUCUGUUGUUGACGAUCACUUCACACGGGCUUUAAGUCAAAAUAACAGUUACACUGGGACAUGCCCGACGAGUAAAGGUAAUUGGAAAGAUGCGUCACCCAUGGCAGAGAGAAACUUUCCACCUUCCUUCUGGAACAGCCACUAUCAACACGCCACGGCCGCCAGCGCGGCGCCGUCGCAUCAAGAUCUCCAGUUCCCGACAGACCCGUACAUGUCAACGGCAGCAGCUUCCUUACACGGUGUUACCGCACUCCACCAGGACCCCUGGCAUCCGUAUUCCCUCACCAGUCAAGCACACUCUUAUCACCGGCCCAUGCACGAUCUCCCCUAUUCCAGCAUGGCCGCCUCAAACAAAUUCUCACCUCACUACAGCUCCUUGUUGAUGCAGCCGUCCUCGAUGAGGACGGGGCGAUGCGACUUGUCCAAGCCAGCGGAGACGUGGACGCCGCGGUAUCAUCAUCACUCACACACGGAGACACUCAGUUCCGACCUUCUCUCACAUCAUAAUGCACACUUAGAAUCGUCACAUACGGGUAUGUCAGGUUUAGAAACGGUGUCAGCGUCCGCGUUACCGGAGCCAUCAAGUAAGGACAUGUAUUGGUUUUAGACAUUCAACGGGAACAUUCAGGGAUGACCGAAAGCAGACGAACGCUUUGGAAGUGCUAAAAUCUACAUUACUGGUCACGUGCAGUCACUGCACCAACCACAGUGCGUUAUUUUAGAGUAACAUUCUGUCAGUUUUGCUUUCGGAAAGGGUGAAUGGUAGAAAAGUCAACAUGGUUGUGAUGUCUCCUUUUGACGAACGAUUGAUCCACUCGACUUCAAUGUGCUAGAGAUAAGGAUGAGUUGUGUUUGCUAAAACGAACUGAUACAUGUAACUCCUCGGACAGGUCGUCACUAGUACUAGGGAAAAACAGUAUUGGGACUUCGCGUCGUGGUUUUUAGCAAAAUACGAAUCGCGUUCUAGUGAUAUUUGCUCAUGAAACAUGGAAUGAAAUCUGGAGUUGUACUCCGUCAUUGCGCGCAUUUGUCUUUCCGGUUUAGCGCGUGAUCACGGCACAAACUUUGUUGCCAAUGAUGAGGCGAAGGGCGUCGCGGAGGAUGGGGUAUGUGCAAUUCGAUGAUGAGACAGGACCUUGGUCCUAAAUGACAUAUGGAUAGAAAUAACUUAAAUUCUUGCCAAAAGAGAGAGAUACCAUGACAGUCAGUCACUCGUACAUUGAUCUCACGCCCAGGCGACAGGACGUUACAAACUCACGUGAGAUCAAUGAAAAAAGUCCCUCUUGCCAAUAUUUCCGUCAUGUUUAUUUAAUUUGAUGUAAAUUAUUGUUCAUACUACUUUGUUGUGUAAAUAUUAGAUUCCAAACCUGCGUGGAUUGAAAGUCGCCCUUCUUGUUCUGUCACGUUUCGCUUGUUGUCCGACAGCUUGUUAUACGUCCCCCUCUUCUACGGAAAAUCAGUUGUCCCGUUGGCGGCAAGACCUGUUUCAAAAUAUCUCUAGUCAAGAACCAAAGUGCUAGUAAGACUUACUGGCCUUUUCUGUAAAGUUUCCCCUAACUGGUACCAGGAGGCAAUAAUGGACGUUAUUUCCUCCUGCUGGUAACCAUCACGUAGUGACCGUUUCUGCUUCAUUGGACUAAAUGACAUACAAGGAGAAAAGGAACAAGACUGUAUCUGGAAUUGUCAGGUUCUCCAUAAAGUACGAUGUUAGAGGAACACCGCUAUCGUCGCCAAUUGACCACAAAAGAAAACAUGUCGAAUCCAGUUAAUAGAUAAGGAUCCUCUGUCAUCGUUGUCCACCGAAGCUCACAGUGACGAAAUGAGCUCACAUUUACCUCUGGUAGUGGGGGCGGGCAGGCCGGUGUAGAAGUUUAAAAUGUCCUAGAAGAGAUUGCCCGGGAAACAAAGGAUUCUAUUAUGCGCUUCAAUCUCUGAGCUAUUAACGGUCAGGGUCUCUAUAGAACCAUAUUGCAGAAUACAAUAGGGCCGGACACUUUUUCCAGGGGGGCAUUUGUUACUAUUACACCGGUCUACUUUCAUCGUAGCCUGAUGUCAACACCUAAAUCAAUGUCUUACAUUUGCUGUCUUAUCCUUGGCUUUCGUGGUGUAAAUAUUCUUUUCAAAGGUUGUCUUAGAGUGCAACCUGUUGGUCUCGUACAUCGGGUUAAUCGUGUACAUUUAAUUGUGAGAAUAAUGUUAUUAAAGAA